GCGUUACAUGGAGUGUGCGUAACUUGACACGUUUGCAAAUGGCAAACGAGAAGGCGUUUAAUGUUCAGUCUGCUUAUUCAGAUCUCAACAAGGCUUGUAGUGCUCAAGCGUACGAUAAGAUUAUAAAUAUCUCUGGGAAAAUUCUUACAAAGUAUCCUGGUGAGACUAAAGCUUUCCUGUGCAAGGUUGUUGCCCUUAUUCGAACCGAGAAAUACGAAGAUUGUUUGAGUUUCUUGAAAAGAAACCCAACACUAUCUAGUCAUGUCAUCUUUGAGAAAGCUUACGUUGAAUAUAGACUUAAUCGUCUCACUGAAGCCGCAAAAACUCUUGAAUCAGCCGAGGCAAACGAUCCAAAAGCUCAGGAACUAAAAGCACAAGUGUUGUACAGGAAAGGUGAUUUUGCUGCUGCAUACGCCUACCUACGGUCAGUGAUUCGAAAUUCUCAAGAUGAUUAUAGUGAAGAACGGCUCGCGAAUCUAACGGCGGUGGCUGCUGCUGAAUCAUGCUUUAAUAACACUAAUCUGGACCUAGAUGUUAACCCCCAAAUGUAUGAAGGAAAGUUUAAUCUGGCAUGUUAUCAUCUUGGACGUGGUGACUGUCAUCUGGCAUCCAGAUUGUUAGAUGAUGCUGAAAAUACUUGUAAUCUGUGUCUCUCUGAAGACCCGGAAUUAACUGAAGAGGAGAAGAAUGAAGAGUUAGCUCCUAUAAGAGUUCAGCGAGCUUAUAUUUUGCAGAUCAAUAAGGAAGAAGAAGAAGCGAACCAGGUGUAUCAAUCAGUCAUUCGACAAAGAGCUUCAGAUACUGCUCUUCUAGCAGUGGCUGCUAACAAUAUUGUCUGUAUCAAUCAAGAUCAAAAUAUAUUCGACAGCCGUAAACGUAUUAAGAUGGCUUCUACAGAUGGUUUACAAUUUAAGCUUUUUUCUCGCCAACGUACUGAUAUGCUUAUCAACCAAGCUUUGUUUUACUGGUACACGAACCAAAUGGAAGCUUGUACCGCAAAGCUACGUACAGUUUUACAAGAGGAGUUAAGUCCAAGAGCUUUGCUUUUAUCGGCUGCUCAGUUAAUUAAAGAGAAAAAUAUUGAUAAAGCAGUUUUACUCUUGGAAAGUUAUUUGUCCAAUGUUACUGGUAAUCAGGUAGAUGCAGAAAUCCCUUUAGCUUUGGCUCAAAUAAAUCUUCGCCGAAUAUCUGCAAAUCAUUUGGGAACCGGUAGUCCGCAACCUAAAAAUGCAUUAAAUGUAGCCCAAAUGCUUGAAAACAUUCUUCCCCAGCACUUAAUUCAUUCUCCCGGUGUUUUGUCAACACGGAUCGCUUUAUAUCUUAUAGCGAGCUCUGGUGAAAAUGCUGUACAAACACGUCCCGAUAGCAUGAAACAAAUAGUCAAUUGUAUUGAAUCAACCCUUCAUUAUUAUGAAGAGUUAGGAGAACAGAAUGAAACUUAUUCCCAUUUGUUGGAUAAUUGUGCUGGAUUUCUUCUGCAACAAGGUGAGGCAAAACUUGCGGCUGAAAUUCUUGAAAAACAGUUAGCCCGACUUGAAUCAAACGUUUCUCAAGAAAAACAAAAUAGUUUAAUCAAACAAGUACUGGUAGCUCGUUUGGUACGUGCCUACGCACAGUUUGAUCGUCCUAAAGCCGAACAAACCUGUAAAUCAUUACAAGCUAAAGAAUCCCUCUCAGAGGCUGAUGUAGAUACUUUGGAAACUACAUUUUUAUAUGGAGCGAAGUCUUUAAAACGGCUUGGCAAACCCAGUGAGCCAACGGAUAUUUCAGACAAGGGCAAGUCAAAACGAAACCAAAUAAAAAAAAACAUUUCUAAGUAAGUGUUUGAACUUAUAUAUUCAUUUAAAAACUUAAUUAUCCAAAAUCUUGGCAUACUCAAGGCAGUUGAUUGCUUUAUAACCAAUUAAUGCUAAUUGACGCAUAACCAAUAUUGGGUAGUGUAGUGUACCAGAGUUAUUCUUGAGAAUUUUUACUUGUAAGUAAUUGUGGAUUUUAGAGAAUCUUCAUAAAAUAUUCUUAGUGUUGUUACCUUGAAAUUUCUUCCGAACAAUAAAUUCAAUCAAAGGACAAACAGUCAGCUCGUGAGAAUCGGUCAUUGGUACAUUUUGGAGCUAACAAGCAAAUUGAAAAGAAAUAACUGUCUCAACUUAUUUUAUCGAGUCUUCUCUUGAGCUGAUAAUGAAGUCGUUCAGAGAGACCGUCUGUGGUCCUCGUUGAAAGGAAAUUAAAAUGUAAAAACCUAUCUAAUUACCAAGUUGAAAAAAUGUAAGAUAUUUUUUGUAUUUCACCAGUAAUUAUAUAUCGAUGCCUAAUCCAAUGGAAAAAUGAAUUGCUGUGAAGUUCUAAAUUUCUCUACUAUUUUGCAACUUUGCUAUUUGUUUCUUAUUUCCUCAUCCACGGAGUUUUAUUGUAAAGUUUGUUUCCUAAUUACAAUCCUCAUUUCAGUUUCAGGACCAGUUGUUUAUUAUCACACUCAACAUUUAGGACGGUUAUAUUUCAACUUGUUUCAUCUAUAUUACUGUCUGUUAGUAUUAUUAACACUCUGAAAUACGGAUUACAUUCAGAAAUGAAACAUAAUUGUACGUGGGAAAAAAUCGAAUUGCCCCGUAAAUUUACAUCAAACAAUAAUAUUGAAAAUAAGCUCCAAAAUAUACAGUGUAGUACUCAAAAGCUAAUAAAUUAGCAACUUAUUAGUGUUGUGUAAUCUGUUAUAAAAGUCCUUGAGUUAUAUUUUAUAUGGAUAAAUUUUUCGUGGGUUGCUAAAAUGAACUAAAUCUGUUGAAUAAUUAAUCCAGUCAAUGCUCUAUUAGUUAGUUCAAAAGUGACUGAUACUAGAAAUAUAUAACUUGUCAGUAGAAAAACUGAGUAGGCAUUCUUUAUUGACCUAGUACUUAAUUUAUUGCUCAACCUUAUUUUACAGUAAACUGAGAUUGAAUAUUCUAAACAACUUCGAUAUACUGAAGAUUAAGGUCAUGAAGUUUUGAAUGGUUGAUCAGAAAUUUUUAAAGUCACCAAACAUUGUAUUCUUUGCUUUUGUGUAUAUUAAUUGUGUACUACUGUAAUUCUACUUUUUAAAAAUUUUAUUUAUCAGUACUCCUUCCUCAGAUCCUGGUGUGCAGCAGGUUACUUCACGUUCUAAGCGUAAAAAGAAGAAGAUUCGCCUGCCAAAGAAUUAUCAGCCAGGAGUUAUGCCUGAUCCUAAUCGUUGGUUACCCCGACGAGAACGUACUCACUAUCGUGGCAAACGUCGUGACAAGCGAUUUGCUCCUACACGCGGUCCUCAGGGUCAAAUAACUGGAGAAAGUGAAUGGGAUGCUGCUAUACGUAGUCCUAAAGUCAAAGUUCAUGAAGACGGUUCAGCAGGAUCUACUCCUAAACAAAUGUCUAAUACAACUAAACAGCAACAAAAGAAAGGUCGUAAGAAAGGCCGAUAAUAUUACCAAGACUAAAUAAAACAACAGAAUAUCUAAUUAAUCUGUAAUUUUUUGAUCGUGUAAUAUAUAUAAUGUAUUGUGCAUCUAUGUACAUGUUAUUUGUACUGUAAUAUUUCUUUUUGGUUCAAAUUCUGGUAACAUUUGUAUGUAUACCUAGUGAAAUAUAUUUGUUUUUAUUAGAUAAUUCCGUUUGACAGUAUAUUCUUAAUAAUUAAAGCAUCAUUUUCAUGGGUUACAACCUUUAAUUUCUUAUCAUUUAUUUAAUAUUCAUUAUAAGUGUAGUGGUUGUUAGUCUUUUUCAUUAUACUUGUUCUUGGAAGGUUAUUUCUUUUGUUUCUUCUUCAUUGUAUCACUACAUAUUUAUUUGGUCCUUAUGAAUUAUAUUUUUAUUUGGUAUUCAUGAGUAAGAAUUAACGGUGUUACCACUUCCUAAUAUUGUUAAAUAUGUGUUUCUUUUAUUUAAAAUUAUGGUUUACCUCUAAAAUAAUGUAGUGAAGAAAAAAAGUAUUUAUGUGUACAUCUACGUUAGAGCGUAAACACAGUGAUAUUAUCUUGUUAGAAUAAUGGUAUACGAGAAAUGUGACUAUAUUUUAAGUAAUCAAAAAUAAAUACUGAUUGUCUGGG